AUGCCCAAUCCCUCGCCGCCGUCGUCGGCCUCGUCCUCUGUCGAGCGUCAGUACCAUGUAAACGGCAGGGCCGCCGUGGUCGCCUCCCGCGAGAGGAGUUCAGGAACACCGCGAAAGGAGAAACAGGGCCCCAGAGAGAGCUCCGCGCUGCAAGACCCGGGUUUGAAGGAUUAUCGUUUGGGAGAAUGCCUCGGCAAGGGAGCCUUUGGUUCCGUCUACAAGGCCUUCAACUGGGGAACGGGCGAGGCUGUUGCCGUCAAGCAGAUUAAGCUUGCUGAUCUGCCCAAGAGCGAGUUGCGCAUGAUUGAGCAUGACAACAUUGUCAAGUACAUUGGUUUCGUCAAAUCGGCAGACUGUCUCAACAUCAUUCUCGAGUACUGUGAGAAUGGCUCUCUGCACUCAAUAUGCAAGUCAUAUGGCAAGUUCCCCGAGAACUUGGUCGGUGUCUACACGACACAGGUUCUGCAAGGAUUGCAGUAUCUUCACGAUCAGGGCGUUAUCCACCGAGACAUCAAGGGCGCCAACAUCCUCACCACCAAGGACGGCAAAGUCAAGCUCGCAGACUUUGGAGUUUCGACGAGCACACUCGCAGGCGGGCAAGACAAGGAAGCACAGGUCGUUGGUACUCCCUACUGGAUGGCACCAGAAAUCAUUCAACUUUCCGGCGCCAGUCCUGCGUCUGAUAUUUGGAGUGUUGGCUGCACAGUCAUUGAGUUACUGCAGGGCAGGCCGCCGUAUCAUAAUCUUGCAGCUAUGCCCGCGCUUUUUGCCAUUGUUAAUGAUGACCAUCCGCCAUUGCCUGAGGGCAUUUCACCGGCGUCUCGCGACUUUUUGAUGCAGUGCUUCCAAAAAGAUCCAAACCUAAGAGUCACGGCGAGAAAACUUUUACGACACGCGUGGAUCAUCGGAUGCCGAAGAAGCGAUGCCCCCGUUUCCAAGGCGCCAGCUAAUUUCAGUCAAGCUGUGGAGGAAGUAAAACAGUGGAAUAAGGCUCUCAAGUCGUCCGAGAGCUCACUUAGGGCGUCCACCGGUUCCGACAGCGGGGUUCCCGGGAUGCAAGGUCAUCCCGGGUCGAGAUACAGCGCCAACGAACCGCUCCGACCGAGCCUGAUCACUCAGCCCAAAGGACCUCUGGCUCUCGCGAAACCGAGACGAACACCCGAAGCCUUUAGGUCUCCAGAGCUUGCUGAUGACGACAAUUGGGACAACGACUUUGCAACGGCCAUUUCUCCGAGCGCACUGCACUUGCCUCAUUUGAAGCCACAAGACAACUUUGGCGGGUUGCUCUCUGCAGAUAAGCUCAAAGCAUUUGCUUCGCUCACGGAUGCUCGCAACGAUUCUGAAAGUUACGAUGACGACUUUGAAGGGGAACUCUUGACUAUCAAGGGGCCGGGGCAGUUUACAGAUUUCGAGUUCCAGGAACAGACAAUUCGUCCGACACCUCGCAAGAAGAGUGACAAGUACCCAGAGCCGAUGAAGCAGCAGUCGCCGCCCAAGCCAAGUCCGCGAAAGGCUGGCCAUGCGAGAAACCCGUCUCGUCCCAAAUCUCCCGUCAAGCCGCAGUUAGGACCCAGCAAGUUUGAGAUACCAGCUCCUCCAGAUUUGGCCUUCAGGGAACAGAACACAGAAGACUACUCGGAUUUGUUCAUGGAAAACGAUUUCAACGAUGGUGGACUGAACCCUUUCAUCAAAAAAGUCGACUCUCCUCAGCUAUUUCACCCUUCAGAUCUCACAAGCUUGCCUCGUUCGACACAAUCGCCUGUCCCGGGAAGCUCGAGACGGCCGCCUAGCGCGAAGCUGCGGCCUUCGGUUUUGCCUGAUCGGCCCAUGCGAAGGACGAGAUCAUCGAUUGAAAUUCAAAAAUUUGCCGAGGAUGAAGGUGACGAAGAUUUCUCCGACAUUUUCGGUCCCGAAGAUGCGGUCACAGAGAGGGAGGAGAGUGACAGAGGCUCAGAAGAUGGCGGCCUCAUGGUGUUGUCCAAGUAUUCCAACAACUCGUGGCUCGGAGACGACGAGGAUGAGGACGAUCCUUUUGCGUCCAUGGACCCAGGGUGGGACGAAAUGGACCUGGAAGCAAAUAUCGCCAGGGACAGACACGCCAGGCUGGCAGGAAAGGUAGAAGAGCUCGUGCGGUCUUUGAAAACGUCAGAAGGAGAGGAAAAGCUGUGCGAGCUAUCUGAAGACCUGCUCGCCCUGUUAUGGGAAAACACUGAGAUCAAAGAUCUCAUCCUCAGUGCUCAUGGCUUGCUGCCGAUUUUGGAGCUUCUCGAGCCGUGUACAGUUAAGAGCAGGCAGCAGAUGAUCCUGUCUCUCCUGAAGGUCGUCAACACUAUUAUUUUGGACGAUGUCGAGAUCCAGGAAAAUCUCUGCUUCGUCGGUGGCAUUCCGAUCAUCACUAAAUUCUCGGCCCGCCAGUAUUCCAACGAAAUUAGACUCGAAGCAGCAGCUUUCGUUCGGCAAAUGUACCAGACGUCAACGUUGACCUUGCAGAUGUUCGUCAGCGCUGGUGGUUUGAAUGUCCUAGUCGAGUUCCUCGACGAAGACUUUGACGAUGCUCGGGAUCUAGUCUUGAUUGGCGUCAACGGCAUCUGGAACGUCUUUGAGCUUCAGGGCCCAACGCCGAAGAACGACUUUUGCAGAAUCUUUUCGAGAAGCAAGAUUCUCUAUCCCCUUGCUCUGGUGCUCCACAGGGUCCUCGAUGAGGAGGGAGAAGAUGAGCUCUCCGAACUGAUAGAGGGCCGGAUUGUCAACAUCUUUUACCUAUUUUCUCAGGCUGAGAAUUACGUCAAGGAAGUUGUCGCUGAUCGGCAAGUGUUGAAGAGCGUUCUGAAGGAUUUGCGACGAAUGACACCAAAUCACCAAAUCACGAUGUUGAAAUUCAUCAAGAACCUUUCCAUGCUGUCUACGACGAUAGAAACGCUGCACACAGCUGACGCCAUUGAGUUUUUGAUUGAUGUUCUCGGCUACAGCAUGAAGAGGGGACACCAGCACUUCCGAGAGAUCUCCAACCAGGUCCUCAAUACCCUAUUCAACCUCUGCCGUCUGAGCAAGGAGCGACAGGAGGACGCUGCUGUUGGUGGUAUCAUUCCCUUGCUCAUGAAAAUCAUGAACACAGAUCGGCCGCCAAAGGAGUUCGCAUUGCCCAUACUAUGCGACAUGGCCCACUCGGGAAGCAAGGGUCGCAGAUACCUCUGGCAGAACAAGGGACUGGACUUUUACGUCUCACUGUUGGCCGACCAAUACUGGCAGGUUACGGCGCUGGAUGCAAUUUUUAUUUGGCUUCAGGAAGAAACGGCCAAAGUCGAGAGUCACUUGCUCGACGGCAAGUUUACAGACGCCAUCGUUGCCUGUUUCCACACAAACAAGCUCAACUCUUUCGAUGCCAACCUAUUGGAGCCCUUGCUGAAGCUUUUGCGCUUGAGCCCUUCGAUAUCAGGCUCACUGGCCAAGCCGGAGAUGUUUGCCGGCAUUGGUCAAAGAUUAGGCCACAAAAAGGCCGUUGUACGGCUAAAUUUACUCCGUCUAGUCCGCAACAUUAUGGACGCAUGCGAGCCGGAGAUGCUGGGCAUGGGUAACGGAAGCAGCUCCUUGAAUGUUAAGCAAGUCAGGUCUCUGUUUGAUACGAUCCAAAUGCUGGCCGACAAGGACACUGCUGUGCUGGUUCGAAAUCUCGCAUCUGAACUUGUCAAGUCGCACAACGAUAGCGAGCUUUAUGAUAUGCCCUCGGAGAGAAAGGGCUCUUCUGGCUCGGUAGCAUCCCGACGCUCGGGGUCCGGACCCAGACGGAAAUCGUCCUAUACGCCGCCUGGACUUCACCAUGCCAUGUCGAUGCCUGCCACACCGACGCAAUCUCAGUCCCGCCAUCAUCGGCUUUCACAAAUACCGCCAGGGUCAGGAGGCGCGUAUAUUGAAGUGGCCGCGAGUCCGAGAAGGACUGCUGUUCAGGAGCGUGAGGCCAUCUUAUACCGACCUCGGAGCAGGGAAGGUGCAACGAGCAUUCCCAGGCGGGUCAGCGGCGAGAUGUCCUCAAGUAUGCCUACAGGGCCAUCCUCGGGCAAAAGCAGGUUGCCUCGCCACUCGUUUGCGAGACCCAGCAGCGCAUCUGGGCAGCCUCCUUUGAUUAGAUCCGAGAGUUCUCUGUCGAAUAAAGAGAACUUCAGCAGAAACACAUCGGCCGUAUCAGCUCCGGCUGCAUCACCUGUUCUACCAACGAGCAUGGCCAACAAGCGGCGAAGCAGAGCUCCAAGUUCGGACGUCAAAUGGUCAUCAUAG